AAUGCACGUGCUGCUGUCAACGGAAGGAUGCUUGAUUUAAUUAAUGACAUUAUGAAUAUUUCAGCUUUAAAUACAGCGUUUAUUGUCGUGUUGACCGAUAUUAACUCACGAGGCAGUGGCAGUUAGCUACUUAAAUCCACGUUAUCGCUGCUGUCGCGUGUUAAUUUAGCUGAUUAAUCUCCGUAAUGGCCGUCCUCUCCUCUCUGCUGUCUUCAUCUGCUCGUCUCCUUACACCAGCUCGGUUACGAGUUUGGGAGCUUGCCGUGUGCAAACGGAUAACAUUGCUCUCCCUGUCCGUCCACCGCUGUUACACGUCGGACACUCAAAACUCAUCAGCUGAUCAUCUCAGCUCUGGACUUGAACGCUACAAGGACUUGCAGAAAUAUUUCAAAAGACGACUGAAGGCAACGUACCGCAGAUUCUCCAACACGCCUGAUUACUCAGUGGUGUGUGGACGUCACCAUGUGUAUUUCAUUGAAGGUGAUGGCAUCUACAGAAUGGACCAGAGACAGAGUGAGCCAGAGCCAGAGCAGGUGCUAAAUCUGGGACAAGUCUCUCAACAGGAAGAGAGGACAGGACUUGAUAAUGAAGAGAGGAAGCUGAGGUUUCAGUGGACUGUCCAGAGAAUACGUCUGUCCCCACACGAGAAGCAUCUCGCUGCCACACUUAAAGCUGCACACAGAGAGGAGCCGAGGUGUGUGGUUGUGAGGCUUGAAACUUUCCCUCAUCUGGAUCCUCCACAUGUCGUACUCACACUGGACAAAGUCUUAAGCUUUGAGUGGGCAACAGACCAGGUCCUGUUUUACACGACCCUGGAGGGCCUUCGCUGCAGCCGAGUGUUUCGUCUGGACCUGACCUCCACUGGCAGCAGGAUCACGUCUGUGUAUGAGGAAACACAUCCUGAUGUGUUUGUGGAGGUUGCCCUUUCCAGAAACCGACAGAUACUGAGCAUCAACUGCAGCAGCAGGAGCAGUUCAGAGGUGCUGCUGAUUGAUAGAGCAACCUCCCAUUUAGAGCCUGUACUGGUUCAGCCACGCCAGCUGGACCUUCUGUACCAUGUGGAGCACUGGAGACAGUAUCUGAUUAUACUGGCUAAUACAGGGCCUGGACAAGAGUAUCAGGUGGUGCAGGCUCCUCUCUCAGAGCCUUCCAUGGUCUCUUGGGUGCCUGUAUUUACCCCUGGUCCUGGCACUGCAAUCAAAGACAUGGACGUGGUUGGAGAUCACUGUGUGUUGGUUGCGAGAACACCGGCCAGUGAACUCGUCCUGAUCGUGGUCCCACUGACACAUCCACAGGAGGCAUACACUGUGCAGCUCCCCUCCUGGGCCUGUGCCAUCCAAACCAAGAAACCAGGCAUGGCAGACCAGUGCAGUGUGCUAGAGUUCUUGAUUUCAUCUCCAGUCCACUUCCCAGUGCCCCAAUGUCUAUACCUGGAGGAUGGACUACUUUUAUCCAGCACCGAAGAUGGGUCCUCCCCAGAGACACAGUGCAAUUAUACCACCACACACUUAGAGGCCAUCAGCCAAGAUGGUACCUCGGUGCCAGUGACGCUGUUCCAUACAUCAGCUGUGGAGGGUUUGAAACAGACGCCACUACUGGUCCAUGUCUACGGAGCUUACGGCAGAGACCUCAACAUGGAUUUCAGUCCAGAGAAAAGGCUGCUGCUGGAGCAGGGCUGGGCUCUGGCCUACUGCCACAUCAGAGGUGGAGGAGAGCAGGGUCUGUCCUGGCAAAGACAAGCUCGAGUGGAGGGGAAGCAGAGAGGAGUGGAGGACCUCAGAGCCUGCCUCCAUCACCUUUUCUCCUCGGGAGUCUCCUCUCCUUUACUCACCGCCCUCACAGCCUGCAGUGCCGGGGCUGUGCCAGUAGGAGCCCUGUGCAACACACACCCACACAUGAUGCGGGCUGUCACGCUGCAGGCUCCUUUCCUGGAUGUGUUGGGAACUAUGGAGAAUCCCAGCCUGCCUCUGACGUUGGAGGACAGGGAAGAAUGGGGGGACCCACUCGGGAACCCAGAACACAGACUCACCAUCUCCUCCUACUGUCCCCUUCACAACAUUACCCCUCAGUGCUACCCAUCAAUUCUGCUGACGGCCUACAGCGAUGACGCCAGGGUUCCUCUGGCAGGUGUCCUCAAAUAUGCCGAGCAGCUAAGCAACGCCAUUCAUACACACUUCACCACGAAGCCAAAGUCAGAACGUGAAACAGCACCAAACGUAGUUCUGAACAUCCAACCUGGAGCAAAUCACCUCGGACCUGAAGACUUUGAGCUGAUGCUGGAGGAGGAAGCCCUAACGCUAGCGUUCCUGUACACAGAGCUGGGCCUGGACCGUCCUCGGCCUCCACGCAAGAGGAAGAGAUAGCAGGAGGAAGUCAGGAAUAAAAAAGCAAUGACCCAAACAUCUACCAUGAC